AUGUCGCGGGGCAGCGGCGCGGUGGCGCGGCUGAUGGCGCUGCUGAUCUGUUUGAAUUAUGGAAGUGGACUCCAUUGGAAGGUUUAUGAUCGAAGUGGCCGGAGUGGCAUGUUGUCGCAUCCCAACAGCCUCAUUAGACAGAAGCGAGAAUGGACAGUCCCUCCAGCUUUCAUACGGGAAGAGGAAGACAAUUCAUACAGGAAUCCAAUUGCUAGAAUACAUUCGGAUCAAGAAGAUACAGGGAUAGUGGUAACUUAUACUGUAUCUGGUCAAGGAGUAACAGAACCUCCUUAUGGAUUAUUUGUUAUUGAUGGGAAGACUGGGAACCUGAACAUAACAGGAAGGGUUGACAGAGAAAAGACUCCAAUGCUGUUUCUCAGAGGUCAUGCAUUAGAUAAGAAUGGAGCAAAACUGGAAGAUCCAAUAGACCUCCCAAUUAAAAUUUUGGAUAUAAAUGACAAUCCUCCAGUGUUUUCACAGGAAGUUUUUGUUGGUUCAGUUGAAGAAUUAAGUGAAACAGGUACAAUUGUAUUGAAGAUAAAUGCAACAGAUGCAGAUGAACCAAAUAACCUGAAUUCCAAAAUUGCUUUCAGGAUCAUAUCCCAAAGCCCUAGUUCCGCAUUCAGCAUGAAUAAAGAUACUGGAGAGGUUCGAGUAGCCGCAAUAAACCUUGACAGAGAGACACAAAGUAGCUAUUCUUUGAUGGUAGAAGCAAAAGAUCGCGGUGGUGCAUCUGAUGGAAAUGGUGCAACAUGUUCUUUAGAAGUCAAGAUUUUGGAUGUCAAUGACAACCUGCCUGUAGUUGAAGGUCAAACAUUUGAAGGAAGCAUUGAAGAAAACAGAGCAAAUGUGGAAAUUAUGCGAAUAAAAGUGUUUGACAAAGAUGAAGAGUUUUCUGAUAACUGGCUGGCAAAUUUUUCGUUUGUUUCUGGUAAUGAAGGAGGCUUUUUUCGUAUAGUAACAGAUACCAAAACAAAUGAAGGAAUUUUGACUCUUGUAAAGGAACUAAACUACGAAGAAAUGCAAAGCUUAAACUUGGGUGUUGUUGUUACAAACAAAGCAGAAUUCCACAAGUCAAUUAAAAACAGUUAUAAAGCACAAACAAUUCCAAUCAAAAUUAAAGUGAUUAAUGUGCGGGAAGGCCCUGUAUUCCCCGGUGGCACAAAAAUUAUUACAGGAAGUGAGAGCCUGCGUGUAACCCAGGUUAUUGGACAGUAUCAAGCACUUGAUGAAGACACAGGAAAAGUAGCAACGAACAUAAAAUACAUCAAAGGAAGAGACGCAGCAAACUGGAUCAAGAUAAAUCCAGUUACAGGUGAAAUCCAACUUGCCAAAAGCCUUGAUUACGAAUCACAAUAUGUAGUAAACGGCACCUACACUUUCACCAUGUUGGGUGUAACCACUGAUCUUCCUGCAAAAACAGUCACUGGCACAGUUGUUAUUCAAGUUAAAGAUGAGAAUGAUAACUGCCCAAUUAUCAAAAACCCUGUGCAGACUGUGUGUUCAGAUGCAAAACUAAUUGAUGUAACAGCUAGUGAUUUGGAUAGUUACCCCAACAGUGCUCCCUUCACCUUCACUAUCAUUGAUGAGCCAGAAGGGACAGCAAAAAAUUGGAUAAUUGCAUACAGAAAUGACACCAGCGUGCAGCUGGUCCCCCAAAACCUGAAGGUGGGCAGAUCUGAAGUUCCCCUCUUAAUACAGGAUUUGCAAGGGUUCAGCUGUGCUCAGUCGCAGUCCCUGCAGUUGACUGUUUGUACGUGUGCAGCUGAUGGCGGAUGCAAAGAGAAACUUAUUGCCAAUCCGUCAGUGGGCCUGGGACCAGGAGCGAUUGCACUAAUCAUCUUGGCGUUUUUACUUUUGCUACUUCUUCCACUGUUACUGCUGUUGUGUCCAUGUGGCUCGGGAGCAAAGGGAUUUGCUGCAAUACCAGACUGCAGCGAAGAGAUGUUGCGUAAAUGGAACAGCGAAGGAGCAGCUCCCGAAGAGAAGCCAUUGCAAAGCAUCAUCACACCCACUGCACUGGGGAACUCUAGAGGAGUGACUGCUGGAGCAGCAGCAGCAGCAGCAGCAGCAGCAGGAGCAGCAACAGCAGCAGCAGCAGCAGGAGGAAUGAGUGCAGAGGAAGCUGCAGCAUGUGGAGGCAGCUCUGCCUCUAACGUAAGAGGGCAUUGCAGCAUCGUUACCAGGGAAGGAUGGGAAGAGCAAAGACAUCUCCUUUCUGGUGCUGAUUACCAUGCCAGAGCUGCAGCAGCUGGAGGUGUUGAAGGCAUGGCAGCUGGAGAAGGCAACGUGGUAGCAGCUGGAAGAGGUGUGGCGGUGGGAACUGCAGGAGCCAUGAAUGAAGAAUUUUUAAGAGACUACUUCAAUGACAAAGCUGUCUCGUUUGCGGAAGAAGAUGAAGCCCAAGCUGCAAGGGACUGUCUCCUGGUUUAUUCCCAGGGGGAGUCUGGCUCCCCCCAUGGCUCCAUCGGCUGCUGUAGCUUCAUUGAGGGUGACUUUGAUGACCACUUUCUUGAUGAUCUAGGAGAUAAAUUUAAGACUCUAGCAGAAAUAUGCAUAGGUAGACACAUCGACAUGAAAGAUGGUAGCUCCAGGAACGAAUCUGGUUUCGGCGUUCAUGACGCAAGCUUAAAUCAGCAAAAAGCUUUCAGCUCCAAACAAGCAUUCACCUCGGGCAGCCACUUCUCGUCCGCCCCACCGGCACAGGCAGGCGGUGGCAUGGGACAAGAGGCCGUGUCCCAGGAGGUGGUCACGGAGACAACCUUCUCGUCACAGCAGCGUGAUGCCCGUCCCCAUCCCACAUCCUACGCGGAGACCAAUGUCACCAUGACGGAAACGUCCUAUUCUGCGGGGGGCCCUGCCCACUCGGCUGCCGUUUUUCUAGAUCCCCAGUUUUCAGAGAAUGUGGUAGUGACAGAGAGGGUGCUGGCGCCUGCAUCGAGCUUGCAGGGAAUGGUGGAAAUCCCCGACCUGCCCUCUGGAAGCAACGUGGUGGUUACGGAAAGGAUGGUGAAGUCGGAGGGCGCUAGGGCAGGAACCGUGACGGUUCAGGACCUCACCGACUCGAAGUACGUGGUGGUGAGGGAGCGGGAGAGAGUGCUUGUGCCUGCUGCUGAGCAGGGCUCGUUGAGCUACCCCACCUUGUCUGAGGGGCAGAGUAUAGUGGUGAACGAGAAAGUCCUCACAGCUUCGGGGGGGACAGGCAGAGCUGAGCAGGCAAACGGUGCCGGCGCAGGAAGGCAAGAGCACGUGUUGAUCACGGACUCCCUGAUGAACCAGGUAGGCUCAGCUGUGGACGGGGCACCUCCUGCCAGCUCCACGCUGAGCAAGUCCUCCAGGGUCACCAAGUACAGCACGGUGCAGUACACCCGCUCCUAA